CAUAAUACCUUUGCGAUAACAUUUGAUAAUCAGUAUUAAUAACAGUCAGACAUCAAGGCAAAUUGUGCAGCCGAGGAGCGCCUGUGAAGACUCCAUUUCCCAUGCUGCACUUCGGCGGCGUCACCGUGUUGUUGCGGAAGUGCUGGAGAAAGAUUGCAAUCCUCUGGUCUGACAGCUGCAGUCAUUCCUGCAAUAGAGAUUCCUGCGGGUGUAUGUGCACAUAUAUGUUCAUAUAUAUCGGCUUGACCGUCGUUCACGUGUAAAAUCUGGAGUUAUGGCAGCCCUGAAAUACGCCGGUAUGGACGAUACCGACAGUGAGGACGAGUUACCUCCCGGGUGGGAAGAGAGAUCUACCAAAGAUGGAUGGGUUUACUAUGCAAACCACGAUGAGAUGAAGACGCAGUGGGAGCACCCCAAGACAGGGAAGAAAAAGCGCUGUGCUGGAGAUUUACCUUAUGGAUGGGAGCAAGAAACUGAUGCAAAAGGACAGAUAUUUUAUGUCGAUCACAUUAACAAGCGGACCACAUAUUUCGACCCGCGCCAGGCAUUCACCGUGGAGGAUGUGGUGGUGAAGCCGAAGCGGUAUGAUGGGAAUACGGCUGCCCUGGAGAUCCUGCAGGGCCGCGACCUCUCUGACAAAGUUGUCCUCAUCACCGGGGGCAACUCAGGGAUUGGCUUUGAGACAGCCAAGUCCUUUGCUCUCCACGGUGCCCACGUGAUCCUGGCAUGUCGGAACCUGUCCCGGGCCAGCAAAGCGGUCAGCCUUAUACAACAGGAGUGGCACAAAGCCAGAGUGGAAGCCAUGAUGUGCGACCUGGCCUCUCUCUCCAGCGUCAGGGAGUUUGCAGAGUCUUUCAAAGCCAAGAAAGUGCCCCUGCACAUCCUGGUGUGUAAUGCGGCGGUGUGCACUCAGCCCUGGUGCUUGACGGAGGACGGCCUUGAGUCCACCUUCCAGAUCUGCCACCUAGGUCACUUCCUGCUGGUCCAGUGCCUACAGGACGUCCUGCGUCGGUCAGCGCCCGCUCGGGUUGUGGUGGUAUCUUCAGAGUCCCAUAGGUUCACAGACCUGGUAGACCCGUGUGGUAAGGUGGACCUGGCCCUGCUGUCUCCCUCUCAGAAGGACUACUGGUCCAUGCUGGCUUACAAUCGAGCCAAACUCUGCAACAUCCUCUUCAGCAACGAGCUCCACCGCCGCCUCUCGCCUCACGGUGUCACCUCCAACGCAGUGCAUCCUGGGAACAUGAUGUAUACCUCCAUCCACCGGAGCUGGUGGCUGAUGACCUUCCUCUUCACCCUGGCCAGACCCUUCACCAAGUCCAUGCAACAGGGGGCAGCCACCACGGUGUACUGUGCCGUCGCUCCAGAGCUGGAGGGGAUCGGCGGCAUGUAUUUCAACAACUGCUUUCGCUGCCUGCCCUCGCCGCAGGCCCAGGACCAGAUCAGCGCCGCCAGCCUCUGGGAGCUCAGCGAGCGCCUGGUGUCAGAGCGGCCAGCGGGCGUGCAGGCCCUCUGACGGACACAGCCGGAGAAGGAGCCGGACCAAGCCAAACAGGAAAGACGGUGGCGGGUUAUGGUGACACCAAGUUGUUUUUUUAUGAACUGAUUAAAUAGUAGUUGUUUUCUGACUGCACUGUACAAGAGAGCUGCCAAACCACAGAGCUCCACCUGGAUACGUCACAUCACUAAGGGGGGGCUAAAACACAGUACAUAUACAGUACAGGAGGGGUCUCAUAUACACUAUCGGAUAAAUCACAGCUUGAGCUGCGGUAGUUUACAAUACGAGGGGAGUGGAAGGGAGAGAUUAUCCAGGGUGUCUCUUGAGGACGGAGUCAGGGAUCUCCUUUAUGUCUCUGUGUCUCUUAACCCUGGUUGCAUCUCUUCGAGUCUCUCACGUCGUCUCCGUUUCAAAACCGUCCAUUUAGAAGGGCAAAGUUCAAAGAAGCAAAUGACCGGGUCUCGCUUGACCAUACAGGGUUACCUAGCAAGCAUACACUCUACGGCAUAUGCAUCCGAUUUCAGCAAUAGUGCACUAUAUGACAAAUAGUGGGUCUUCCCAAUUAUGUCUGUAUAUUCAGUAUCCUCAAGUCUAAAUCUACGUAGAUGUUGAAUUUUCCUAUUGAGAUACAAGAGACCGUUGGUUAAUCAUUGUGCUAACUUUUUAUGGGCAUAAAAGAAAUAAGGAGUAAUGGGUAUGUGACACUCAUGUAUAUAUAAACACACCAGAGGUAUGAUUCUCAUGGCUAUAUACAAUAUUAUGCAAUAGUUUCGUUUCAUAUCAAUGUCCCUAUCCUUUUUCUGUACAAUAUUUACAACAUCCUGAUUGCUGGGCAUGUGCUAAAGGGGUGUGGACACCUAUUUUUUUCCCUGUUUGCUAUUUGACUCAACCUACAUAUUAAUAAUCUAUACUCUGAUAAGUCUUAAUUACAAUUUGGAGGUAUUUAUAGGAUGAUACUGGGUCAGAGCUGUGUCCAUAUAGAUAUAUAUAACAAAUACAGAUGGCCGAGAAUGUUGGUUUCCAGAGUCCAGGAUCUUAAUUUCUGUGUUUCUUCCUUUGUUGUGUGACCACAAGCUUGUGAAUGAUUGCUGUCUCCCGUUAUUGUCAUUGUUUUGUCGUGUAGCCCUGGCUUGGGGUUUGCUGUGGAUUUGUUGUCCUGAAGACGCUGUCGGGACACUUUUGAGACAUUGUGCUUUAUGGCAGUCUGGGUGCCGUGGGUUGCUCUUGAAACAUCAGCAUUCCAGUGUCAUGAUAUCUGUGGGAAAAAAAAGAAGAAGAAAAAAAAGAAAGCAUAUUCAAUAAAAGCCUGUUUUACAGUAAUGUGUGUCAUUCUUACAGUCACAGAAAGUAGAAGUCCAUUCAUUUGCAGGCCAUUAGGGGGAGAUGUUUGUGUGGAGAGCAAGUUAACUCUGACUCUGCUUCUCACUGCAGGAAAAACCAUCUUAUCAAGUUGUUUAUUCUCAUAGUAAAGUCU